CCAGUCGUAGUGUUACGCGCGCGACAGCGUCUACGCGUGUUUUGUGCAUUGUCGUUGUUUUUUGUUUUGUUUUUCUCGCGGCGGUGCGUUUCGUGUCGAACGUUUCACGUUUGUUCGCGUUCUCUGUACUCGGCGGGCGGACGGUACCAGUUCGUAGCCCAAUCUCGCCAUGAUCGGCGUGUUCAGCACGGUCGUCAGCCAGUCCCGGCUCACCCGGAUCCGGCUGGUGACCAUCGACAACCCGGCUUUCCGCGUCCACUACAGGCUGACGUUCGCCAUACUGUUGGCUUGCACCACGCUGGUGUGCAGCCGUCAGUACAUCGGAGAGCACAUCCGGUGCAUCGCCACCGGCGUGCCCAACAACGUCGUCAACACGUUCUGCUUCUUCACCGCCACGUACACCGUGCCGGACACCAACCACUCGGCGCACCCGGGCGUCGGCCCCGUGCACUGGGACUCGCGCACCGUCCGCCACUCGUACUACCAGUGGGUGCCGUUCGUGCUGUUCGGCCAGGCCCUGUUGUUCUACCUUCCCCAUCUCAUGUGGCGUUCGUACGAGGCGGGCACCAUCAAGCUGCUCGUCAACGGGCUGCAGCGACUGUACCUGAAGGUGGACGGCGACCAGGACGUGACCGUGCCCGGCGUCAGGAGCAUACCGUCCGAGGCGACCAGGUGGGCCAAACUGCGGGAGGUCAUGAACCACUUGGACACGGUCAACCGGUUCCGGUUGAACCGCAACUGGGCGGCGGUGCUCAUCGGGUGCGAGGUGCUCAACCUGGUCAACGUCGUGUUCCAGAUGAAGCUCAUGGACAAGUUCCUGGGCGGCCAGUUCUACGGGUACGGUCUGCACGCGUUCGACGACGACAACGGCGACAGGAUGUUCGACCAGGUGUUCCCCAAGAUGACCAAGUGCGACUUCCACAAGUUCGGUCCUUCCGGCACCAUGCAGACGCACGACGCCAUGUGCGUGAUGGCGCUCAACAUCAUCAACGAGAAGAUCUACGCGGUCCUGUGGUUCUGGUUCGUGCUCGUCCUGCUGCCCGUCAGCGUGGCCGCUCUCGUGUGGCGCGGCGUCCAGUACGUCCUCCACUCGCGCGAGUCGUUCAACCGGCUGCUGCUGCGCGAGGCGUCUCCUGGCGCCCGUCUCGACCCCGUCGACCUGGCCAUCAUCGCCAGGCAGACGACGUACUCCGACUGGCUGUUCAUGUACUACUUGUCCGGCAACAUGGACGGCGCCGUCUUCCGGGACCUGUUGCACAGCUACGCCACCGGACUCCGGAAGGAACCGGGUUCGCAGGACAGCGACGACGACGACACGGCGCCGCUGGGCAAGGCCAUCUGAUCGCGGACGCCACUGCCAUAUAUAAUAUCGACGCCGCGCCCCUCCGCCACGCGCACCACGACCAUAUUUCAUAAUUUAAUUCAACACUAUUUAUAUAUUAUUUUACAUAUUUUAUUAAAAUACACUAAGACGUAGACCUGCAAAGGUCGAGUCGAGUUUAGUGUUUGUAGGGUUGUUGGGUCAAAUCCCUCAUCUCUUUUUCUCAAAAAAACGAUCGUGUGCGCGUGCGCGGCCCCGCGUACGUUUUUUCCUUUCCACCCCAUCCCCCUCAUCACCACCAUCCGUGGUUGCCUAUAUUUUUCACCGUCAUUCUGCGCCCACAACCCCAAAACCCAUCCCCCCGCCCCCAACAACUCUUGAUGUAAUCUUUUGGGGACAAAUUUUAUUACGUACUUAAUAGAAUAUAUUACUACUAUUAUUUUUAUUUGUAAUGUCACGAUGUUCGCCUGACGAUCGUUCUGACCCGCCAAUUUUUGAUAUUUUUUUUUUUUGUACGUUUGUAACUUCUUCCGAAUACGUGCGUUCGAGUCCAAAAUUAAACCGAUAAAAAUUCAAUGUCGCGUGCGCAUGUGUACGAUACAACAAUAGUCGGAGAAAAAAUAUAAUAAAAUAAUAAUGGCAAUUAAAUUUUAUCAUUCGUGUACUAAAUUUAUGUAAUAGACGACCGAUUGGAGGUACCAGGUACACGCUUCGAAGGUCGUCGUUACACAUAUUAUAAUAUAUUUAUAGUUUAUUAAAUAUACGCGUGUAGUUUAUGCAUAAAUAUUAUUAUUAUUAUUAUAUUUGUACGAUUAUAAUAUAAAAUGGACUUUAUACUCAUGAUGAUGACUUGUAUAUAAUAUAUGUAAAACUCUGUACGUCUCACUA